AUGCCUGACCUGGUCGCAACCCGUUCGGGCACUUCUUCCAAGUCUAUCCCUUCUGUAGUCAGCGAUGAUUCCUCGGCUGUCCCAUCUUCCUUUGCCACUCCAAAAUCUACCAUCUCACGCAAGAAACCAGCCGGAUUGAGCAUCGCCUCCCUCAAAGCUCACAGGGCACCUCCCGUGGCCCCUGGCAACGGUGAUUCGCCAGAGUUUCAGUUGGCGCUGUCCAGCGCAGAACAACUUCGAUUAGAGAUUUCCCGUCUCCAACUGUCCUCAAAGUCAUCUUCUUCCGGCACAUCGGCGGUCGAAUCCGUUCCCUCAUCUCCAUCAGCCCCCAUCACUCCAGGUUCGGUCAACGUGCCUAACGGCAAUGGUGCCAGGAAGAAGAGCACGGCCUCAGUAGGGGGCAAAGCUCGGCGGAAGGAUAAAGAUGGUGAAGAGUUGGUCAAAAACGAAGACCUUGAGGUAUUGGCCGACCUUGGUGCUGGGAAUGGUGGUACCGUGACAAAGGUCUGGAAUAAGAAGAGAAAUUGUAUAAUGGCUAGGAAGCUCAUACUGGUGGAUGCCAAGCCUGCUAUCAAGAAGCAAAUCCUUCGCGAGUUACAGAUCAUGAACGACUGCGCCUCACCGUAUAUCGUAGGAUAUUACGGAUGCUUCCCCAUCGACGUUCACGUCGGUAUUGUCAUGGAGUAUAUGGAUGCUGGAUCUCUGGAUUAUAUUUACCGACACAACGGUCCGGUAUCUAUCGAGAUCACUGGCAAAGUUGCCGAGGCCGUAUUGCGAGGACUCAUGUAUCUAUACGAUGUGCAUCGGAUCAUUCAUCGGGAUAUCAAACCGUCCAACAUCCUUGCCAACACCGCUGGAGAGAUCAAAAUAUGCGACUUCGGUGUCUCUGGUGAACUGAUCAACUCGAUCGCCAAUACCUUUGUCGGUACGAGUACAUACAUGAGUCCUGAACGUAUACAAGGCGCCGCAUACACCAUCAAAUCCGACGUCUGGUCUCUCGGUAUCUCGUUAAUAGAACUCGCUUUAGGUCGUUUCCCCUUUGCUGAACCCCCCGACUCGUCAUCAGAAGCGGACGCAUCGGACAGCGAAGCUCAAGCGACUUUCGACGCCAAUGCCACCUUACCGCUUGCUGCUCAACGAGCGGCUCUCGAUCUUGGAGGUAACAGUAAUGGCAAUGGCAAUAACUCGCCCCCUCAUGAAAGACGACGAUCCCGUGGCGUAUCCCUGGCCGGUGGUGGAUCCACAAUGAGCAUAUUGGACUUGCUGCAACAUAUCGUCAAUGAACCUGCACCCAAGUUGUACAGUCCACGAAAAGACUUUCCCCAGGAGGCUGUAGACUUUGUGGAGGAUUGUCUUAGUAAAGAUCCCGCGACGCGUAAGAGUCCUCAGGAAUUGCUGAAAUCAUCAUGGAUCGUCGAUUCCAAAGUCACCAAAGCGGACUUGGAAAAAUGGACGAAGGCUACUGUGGAGGAAUAA